GGAGCUCCUGGUUCUGGCAAAGGCACGCUGUGCCGAAGACUUUCUGACGAACAUGGAUUCUGUCACUUGUCUAUUGGAGAUACGUUGAGGAGACUUGUCUCGAACUCGAUGACGGACCUAGUUACGGCAUCUCAGGUACAAAGAGGCGAGCUCGUUUCCACAGAGGUGUUGGUCAGUAUUCUCCAAGAUAGCGUAAAGGACAGUGUAUACAGCGACCGUCGCGUGAUCCUGGUAGAUGGUUUACCGAGGCAGUUAGAUCAGGCUAUGCCUGUGGAAGAGAAAAUUGGCUCACCAGCAUUGGUCCUGUUCUUCAACUGUCGAGAAGAGGUCGCCAAAAAUCGCUUUCUCACGCGAAAACUACUUGGAAGAGAAGCAGAUAAUGCAGUCGUCUUCCAGAAGAGAUACGAUGAGUUCACCGCGGAGAACUCCAAGGUUAUAAAGAUGUACCAGGAACGAAACCUUCUUAUUGAGGUAAGGUUUAUCGUGCAGUCCUUAUUAAUGCUAAGCGGCGGUCAGAUUGACACCAACGGAGAGACGGAUUUCUCGUACACAACCCUAUCGAACCGUCUACAUGAUACUGAUUUGGCACAAUUUCUCAGAAAGACGACAGUGGGUGUAUAUCAAAUCGAUACUGGAAAGAUACAAUGUAUGGAAUAG